CUGAUCUAAUCUUAUCUUUAUCUUUUGAUCUCAUCUAAGCGCCCUAUCAUAUCACCACACAGUUGUAUUCCCUGCCCUUAUGAUCCAGAACACUUGCAUCAACAACCUGUACAGUGCUCGGGAAGGCUUUCAUAAGCUAUUCGAGUAUGUUCAACAGUUCCCAGACCUUGUCGACCUCAGAUGUCUAUUAUUCAACAACCCCAAUUGAUCUCAAAGCCCCAUACAAUGUGACAACGGCUGGCCGGAAGACGAUUCUUAUUACCGGAGGAGCUCGUGGCCUCGGUGAAGGGAUGUUAAGGAACUUUGCGAAACUCGGGUGAAUUUCUUGAGAUCCCAGCUCUUCUUAUGAGAGAAACUAAUAGCGAACCAGAGCUACCGUGAUAGUCGGCGACCUUAACGAGACCCGCGGGGAGUCGGUUAUUGCAGAACUCCGAAAGAGCUCGGGCAAUCUAAAGUACGUUCGUUUUCCGCACAUGACACUUGUUUGCGUGCGCACAAAAGCCUCACGUGCGAAUUUCGAAAUUUGGCCUUUUUGACGAAAAUAAUAACUCACUGAUAUAACCCCGUGAUCCCUACUCCGGAACAGUGUCCAUUUUUUAUCUCUCGAUGUCACAUCCUAUGCUUCACAAUGUGAAUUCUUCCGUAGCGCCCGGAAACUUUCACCGACGGGAAAGAUCACAACCGUAAUCGCGAAUGCAGGUGUCGCCGAGCUAGGUUCUUUCAUAGAAUCUUCUCCAACAAAAAUCCCUCUCGAUGUUGACCCUCCCGAACCAGACAUGACAACCGUGGACGUGAACUUUAAAGGGGUUUUAUACACAACAAAGCUUGCACUUCACCAUCUACGGUCAUCUCCUGUUGGCCAGAGGGAACUCAUCCUUGUCGGAUCAAUGUCAAGCUUCGCUAGCGGACCAAUGAUGGCAAUUUACUCUGCUACUAAGCAUGGAGUUUUGGGAUUGUUCCGGUCGAUAAGAUUGUUUCCCAGUAAACGCGACGGUGUCCGGAUCAAUAUGAUAUGCCCAUACUUUGUGGAUACGCCAAUAGUUCCUAUUGGGGGCAAGGUGAUGCUGGCAGGGCUACAGAUCGCAGUAUUAGACGACGUGGUCGACGCUGUCUCAAGAUUGGUCUGCGAUGAGGGGAUUGCUGGAAGAUGCCUUGCCAUCGCACCCCCCCAAGCAGGGGGUGUCAUAGAGGUCGGGGUUCAAGAGAUGGAAAAUGUGGAUGCGUUCUGCAAGAAGGUAGUUAAAGCAAUGAAUAUGCAGAGCAAGAUGGAGAUUUUCACAAAGUUUCUUGUGGAUAUCGUGUGGCUUUUGGUGGUGGGACCUGUGCUCAGACUCCUCAGGGAG